AAUCCCACGACGAUUGGAAAUUCCGUGUUGUGUUAAAUUCGGCAAAACCAUUGUUUGAUUGUGGUAGCCCCAGAAAAGUUAAACCAGUUCAACUGUGUCAUAGCCCCAAAUGGUGUUCAAUUCCAUGUUACAUAGGAGCAGCAUGUCCCAGCCUGUAGGCACAGUUGAUGUUUAUCAAAAUUUAGUCAAAUUUGGCACAUUGUCCAUCAAUGCCGCUCCCGAACACAAUAAGCGCCUACAGGCCACAGGCACAGGUACUUCAAUUCCGUCCAUAGCGGAGCUCCAGCUUACUAAUCGGAUAGCCCUCGACUGUGAAAUGGUUGGCAUUGGUAAGAACGGAAAGGAACACAUGGUUGCACGCGUCUCUUUGGUGAAUGAGUUUGGGAAUGUGCUCGUGGAUUGUUAUGUGAAGCCACAACACCCGGUAAAGGAUUACCGCACCAAUAUCAGCGGUAUUCGACCCGAACUGAUUGAGCACGGCGUAGAGUUUGCUGCCAUCCGGGAGCUAGUAAGAAAGAUUAUAUACGGUCGAAUUUUGGUUGGCCAUUCGCUUAACAAUGAUCUUUUAGUGCUCCAGCUAAGACAUCCCAAAUAUAGCAUACGCGAUACAUCCCGGUAUCGCGCGAUAGCGAAAAAAGUUCACUCAAUGGGCACACCUAGCUUGAAGAGUUUGGCGAAGGCGCUUCUCGGUAUAACUAUUCAGAAUGGCACACACGACUCCGUCGAAGAUGCUCAAACUGUAAUGAAAAUAUACCUUUUGUUCGAGAAGCAAUGGGAGGACGCUGUAAAACAAUCGUGUAAAUUUUAAUCUUACGAUUUAAUUUCACUAUGUAUAGUAGGUUAAUAAAUUAUAUUUACACUUGUA